AUGACCCUUCAUGGUGAAACAAACCUCCUGAUGUGCAGAACCUUCCCAACGCUCUUGGGCGGAAUAGCGAUAACUUGGUCUACCACCUUACCAACGUGCAGUGUAGCAUCCUGGGAUGACCUGGCAAGAAAAUUCCAGACCCAUUUUGCCACUAGUCGCCCUGUGCCGAAGUCUGUCCAUGCCUUGGAGAAAGUAUGCCAGCAAUCCGGGGAAACUCUUAGGUCAUUUCUGGACCGUUUUAACAAAGAAGCCCUGCAGGUACAAGGGCUAGACCCAAAGGUGCAGUUGCACAUACUUUUAUCUGGAUUGCGUGAAGGAGCGUUCGCCUACGAGCUUGCUCGUCAUGAGGUUUUGGAUCUUGAAGAAGUCAAGCGUAAAGCUCAAGAGUUUAUGCGAAUCGAAGAGUACAAAGGAAGUCGAGCAAGCGACAAUCACUGCCAAGGAAACAGAGAGUUGAAAAAUAGUGACCAUGCUGAGGAACGUAGAAAGAGUCGCAAACCCGCCAAGUAUGUCAGUCGCCAACAAGGGCGAGAUAUGGUUGGACGUCAUACACAUAACGUCCUUCAGACCGAGUACAAGGAGGAACGCAAAGACAACCCAAGGCGUCAGGGGCAAUCGCAGGAAAAUAUUGUAUACUGCAAAUUCCACCGCAGUAACGGCCAUAGUACUGAGGAGUGCAGACAUCUGAAGGAUGAAAUCGAUGAGAUCAUUAACAGUAGAGGUCAAAGAAACAAGGGAAGCAACUCCCGAAUCCCAGGAAACAACAGGCGGUAUCGAGAGCGUAGUUGGUCACCAGAUCGAAGAAGGAGCACCCAACCCAGGUAUCAAACUCAUCGCGGGUGGGAUCGCAGGGAAAGGUCUCCCCCAAUCCGUAAGGCGCAUGACAACCAGAGCAGUAGAGAAAGGCGUGACGGAGGAGACGAAGAUUCAGCAGCCAUAAAACAUGGAAUGAUAAAUAUGAUCUCUAGAGGGCUGGGUGGCGGUGGAGUAACAGUUAAUUCCUGA